AUGGCGACCCCGUCGUACGCGGCCGUGAAGUGCCUCAACACCUCUUCCUCCAGCCGCAAGCGCUUCGUGGUAAGAGCAUUCGCCCCUUCCCUCUUUGGUAUACCUGGGUUUGUGCAGUUCAAGAGCUUCUCGCAGCGGGUGGAAGAGAUCGACAUCGAUGUGUACCGUAGCCUCCACGCGGUCAAGGCGGAGCCCUCGAGCGGCUCCUCGUUUCUCCUCGAUGCUCUCGUCGAGUGGAGGGAGCUGAAUACUGCAGAAGACUUCAUCUCUUUUUAUGACGAGAUGAUACCGUUGGUACAGACACUACCACAGAUCGUUUUGCACCGUGAAAAAAUAUUUUCUGCGCUGCUGCAAAGAGUAAACAUGGCGGCGCGAUUAUCCCUCGAGCCAAUACUCAUGUUAAUUGCAGCUCUCGCCAGGGAUAUUCUAGAGUAUUUUUUGCCGUUUCUAGCAAGACAUGCUGAUGCUAUAUCGGCUCUCCUUGGUGAUGGAGGUGAUCGUGACCCUGAAAUCCUCGAGCAGGUCUUCACAUCUUGGUCAUGUAUAAUGAUGUACUUGCAGAAGUAUCUAGUAAAAGAUGUUGUUCAGAUUCUCAGGACCACAGCUCCACUGAGAUUUUUCCCGAAGGAUUAUGUGAGAGAAUUUAUGGCUGAAUCUGUUUCAUUUUUGCUGAGGAAUGCACCCAGCAGUCAGUUAUCACAAGGUUUAAGGAAAGCUCUACUUGAGGCUGCUAAAAAUUCAUCACCUAUACGGAUAGAUGGGGUGACUGCUUUGCUGUGGCACGUCAUGAGAGGAACUUACACAAAGCUUCACUCAAGAGCUGGGAAAGUCAUGAAGUUCUUGUUGACAAAGUCAGUCCUCACCACAGUCGACGAUAAAUUCCCAGAUGGGUCUUCUACUAUCCGUGAGGUCAUAACUGGCGUGAUUCAAAGAUUAUGCAACGAAGUGGAUCAGAAAGAGUUGGCACUGGUAUAUACUUGUUUAUUUGAAGAAAUCAACAGCUGUAUUAAGGAUGACUGCUUGGAGCACUUGAAGCACUUGAUCAAUUUUUUUACAUUUACUCUAGAAAACAGCAAGCAGAAUGAUGCCCUUGAUAAGGCUGACAUGCUAGAACUUGUUAAGUUGCUAAUCUGUAAGUAUGUCAGGCCUAGUAGCAGCACAGAAGGGGCUUCUUCAUUUGAAGUUCUUGGGAGUAUCUUGGACUUCCUUCUUUGUGUUUUGGAUGUUCCAGUUAUUUCUUGUAACUUAUCCAUUGUAUACGCUCCAGUAUUUGAACUAACCAAUUUGAGUGCGGUUAUCUUUAUAAAGAAACUUUUGGCAAAAAGCCCACUGAUUAUACAAGCUUUCGAAAGCAAGAUACUGAGUGCAAUGGAUAAUUUUCUUGAGACUUCACCUGAGGAAGUUCUCUAUAUCCUUCUGCAUUUAUUUAAGGGAGCUACCGAUGGAAUAACUCAUGGCAUUGAUGGUAGUCAUCUUGACCGGGAAAAGAAAGUUUACAAGUUCUGUGAUUCAAAAAUCCGCAUGUGGAUAGAGUUACUAGAUAAUAUAGUCAAGACUGGUGACCAUUCAGGCAAUCAAGUCAGUGUAAAGGAAGCUGCUAUACUAUGGGGAUCUAUUCGCUGCUACUCAAAUGUUAAAGAUGCCUCUCAAGAUAGUUUAACAAUGCUGAAUAAGUUAAUUUGCAGCCUUGAUCAGAUUCUUGAAGUGGAAGAAGAUAGCAUUAGCGGUCUGCCGAAGGAUACCUGGAGAAGUCUACUUGGUGCUGCAUUAUUAACUUACCAUGAGUUACUGUUGGUUAACGGCAGUAAAACUUCAGAAUUAAGUCUUUUCUUGCCUCUUGCCAAGAGGCACAGCACAUGUCCACAAGUACUCUCUGCUGUAGCUGAAUAUUUGGAUUCCCUACUUGGAGCAACUUCCCUGGAGAUGACAAAAGAAUUCGAGCCACAGAAUCUUUUGAAUUCAUUCUGUAUCUUUGGUGCCAACUUGAGCAGUCCAAAUAAGAAUAUCAGGGUUUUAACAUUGAGGAUUUUAUCCUAUUACGCGAAGAUGGAUCAACGCCUAGGCUCAGAUGAUGAGCGGCCACAUAAGAAGCGAAGGACAGAAGAUUCUGCAGAGGAAGCUGUUGACACCAAAUACACUAACGUUGUGGACACUCUGUUCGCUGUUGAAUCAACUCCAGUUUCAGUAUCUACUAGCCGGAAAAUUGCUAUCUAUGUUUCUCGGAUACAAAUGAGUCUGUCUUCUAACAUGGUUCAUGAUGACUACAUACCUCUUCUCUUGCAUGGGAUUGUUGGGAUCUUAUACAAUAGAUUUAGUGAUCUGUGGCCACCAGCACUGGAUUGUCUUGGUGUCCUUAUUAAGAAGCACAAGGAACCAGUCUGGAGUCAGUUUAUCGAGUUUAUCGCCAUUCACCAAUCAGAGGGGCUGACAGUGAGAAGCCAAGAGAAACUGGAAGCUGCAACCCACCCACAGUCUAUUUUUGACUGCUUCAGCUUAUAUCUUGCUACGGAUUAUGAUUACACACCUCUUGAGACAAUUGCCACACUAUUGCUUAAAGCCCUACAGAAGAUACCUGAUGUUGCGGAGUCUUGCUCUCGACAUCUUGUACCAUUAUUUCUAAAUUUCAUGGGCUAUAGCGAUGGCAGCAUCACUAGUGUUGAUUCAUAUAUGUCUGACAAAUGUAAAGGCAAACAAUGGAAAAUGAUUCUAAAAGAAUGGCUGAACUUGUUGAGAGUAAUGCGCAAUGCCAGAUCGUUGUCCCAGAGCAAGAUUAUUCAGGAAAUAUUAACUGAAAGGGUCCUUGAUGAGAGUGAUCCUGACAUACAGGCAAAAGCACUGGAUUGCAUUUUGAACUGGAAGGAUGAAUUCCUGAUCCCAUACAGUCAGAACCUUAAGAAUCUGAUCGAUUUAAAAACUCUCCGUGAAGAACUCACCACGUGGGCAGUUUCACACGAUUCUGUAUCUAUUCAGAAUUGCCACAGAAGUCGUGUUGUUCCUUUGGUUAUCCGUGUGUUAACACCUAAAGUAAGGAAACUGAAGCUGCUUGGUUCUCGAAAGCACACAGGUGUUAGCCAUCGAAAGGCAAUUCUCCGUUUCCUUCUACAGUUUGAUUCAAAUGAGCUUCAGCUCUUUUUCUCGUUGCUUCUGAAGUCCUUGGUCCCUGGGAGCCUUCAACUUGAAAAGUUCUCUUGUCAGUCUGGCAAUCUGCUUGGAAGUACUUCUGAUAUCGUGGGAAUGUCAACAGAGAUCUGUCUAGAGAAUCUUACAUGGAAAAGGGCAAAUGGUUUUCUUCAUUUGGUUGAAGAAAUUUUUGGUAGUUUUGGUAUGGCACAUAUAAGUCCAUUUCUUAAUACUAUAUUGAUCAUUGUUGUUCGAUUGCUGGAGAGUUGCAUGCGGAAUCUCAGAAGGAACAGCGAUGAGGAAUAUCCUCAUAAACAAUCAAAUCACCCUGACAAUGAGUGUUCCUUGAGUCAGGACGCUGGCAAUUCCAUAGAUCUGAAAGAAUGCUCAAAAGAGAUGACAGUAGCAGAUGACAGUGAGGCAACUGCCUCAGUCAAGCAAUUAAAGGAUCUUAGGUCCUUAUGUAUUAGAAUUGUUUCCUUGGCGCUUGGUCAGUAUGAAAGUCAUGACUUUGGAGAAUACUUCUGGAAUACGUUUUUCACUUCUGUGAAACCUCUAAUUGACUGCUUCAGACAAGAGGCUUCCAGUAGUGAGAAGCCGAGCUCAUUAUUUUCGUGUUUCAUGGUAAUGAGUCAGAGCCCAAAAUUAGCACCACUAUUGGGGACAAAUAACCUUGUACCAGCCAUAUUUUCUAUUUUAACUGUGAGGACUGCAUCCGAAUCUAUCACCUCCUAUGCACUUGAAUUCAUUGAGAAUCUAUUGAGGCUGGAUAAUGAUUUGGAGCCACAAGAAGAUAACUCGGUGUUGAAAAUUCUUGUUCAACAUAUGGAUGUUCUUCUCAGUAGUCUCCAUGAUUUUGUUAAUUAUCGCAAAGAGCUUCACAGGAGAUCUGGGAGAUGGCUUGGGCAACGUGAACUUAGGCUGUUUAAACUAUUGCUAAACUACAUCACAGACCCCUUAGCUGCAGAGCAUGUUGUAGACCUGGUCCUUCCAUUUUUCAGCAAGAAGGAUUUGAACUCUGAUGAGUGUCUCGAAGCUCUACAUGUUGUAAGGGGAAUAAUACCAAAUCUACGGCAUGGUGUAUCGGUAAAGAUUGUAAAUGCACUCAACCCAUUGCUUGCGACUGUUGGACUCGAGCAGCGGCUAUGUAUCUGUGAUAUCUAUGAUGGGCUGUCAUCGAAUGAGUUCUCGAUGCGCUCUCUGGCUCGGUUACUGCGAGAUCUGAAUGCGGUUUCAACCUCAGAACUUGGUGAACUGGAUUAUGAUAUGAGAAUCAAAGCAUAUGAUACGGUUCAGCCGCAGUUGUUUCAUGGCAUGCAAGAAGAACAUAUGGGUGCCAUAUUAUCUCAUUGUGUGUAUGAUAUGUCAUCCGAAGAGUUAAUUUUCCGGCAAAGUGCGUCCAGGGCUCUUCAGUCGUUCCUGGGUUUCUCUGCAUCAGUUAUGAACAACGACCUUGAAUGCUCAAUUGGAACAGCCACUCUUGAACGUGGAGAGAAUAAUUCCAGCAAUGUUUGCACAAAAGGCCGUAUUCAACAAAUAUUAGAGAGGACCUACCUUCAUAAUAUGGGUUCAGCUAUGUGUAAAGAUAUAUCAGUUCAAAAGGAGUGGAUAAUUUUACUUCGCGACAUGGUCUAUAAUUUUGAUUGUGUACCAUCCUUAAACUCCUUCAGGCCUCUCUGGAAGGAAGAUCUGGAUGAAGAUUUUUUCCACAACAUAAUUCAUUUACAGGCUGGCAAAAGAUCCAAAGCGUUAUCUCUUUUCAGGCAGGCAAUGAAAGAUACCAGCUUUUCAGAGGAUGUGACUAUGAAAGUAUUUGUUCCACUAUUUUUUAAUAUGUUCUUCGACGUCAAAGCUGGGAAGGGUGAACAUGUAAGAGAUGUAUGUUUGGAUACACUUUCUUCUAUUGCUGCCAAAGUGCAGUGGGAGCAUUACCGAACAAUACUGAUGCGAUGCUUCCGUGAGUUGAGUCUCAAGCCUGAUAAGCAGAAGGUCAUAUUGAGACUAAUAUGUUCUGUAUUGGAUGCGUUCCACUUCAUGAAACCCACAGCUGAUGUCUCGAGUAAUUCUGAUGUUAUCAAUGAAGAUUCUCUUUCUUCCGUUACAUUCUCCUCAACUACAGUCUCUUUGGAGAAGCAACACUACCUGCGAAAGGUAGUCUUUCCACAGGUCCAGAAGCUAUUAGGAUCUGAUCCUGAGAAAGUCAAUGUGAGCAUCAACCUGGUAGCACUCAAGAUACUCAAGUUACUACCAGUGGAUUAUUUCGAGUCACAACUGUCAAGCAUCAUACAUCGAGUCUGCAACUUUCUCAAGAAUCGUCUUGAAAGCGUACGUGAUGAAGCAAGGUCAGCUUUAGCUGCAUCGUUGAAGGAACUUGGGAUUGGUUACUUGCAGUUUGUGGUCAAGAUAUUGAGGGCGAUACUGAAAAGGGGUUAUGAGCUACAUGUUCUGGGCUACACCCUUCAUUUCUUAUUAUCAAAAACUGUAACUGCCGAGAUGAAUGGUAGCCUUAACUAUUGCUUGCAAGAUUUGUUGGCUGUAGUUGAGAGUGAUAUACUUGGAGAUAUUGCGGAACAAAAGGAAGUUGAAAAGAUUGCCUCCAAAAUGAAAGAGACAAAGAAGAGGAUGUCAUUUGAGACUCUUAAGUUGAUUGCCCAGAGUAUUACAUUCAAGACACAUUCUUUGAAAUUAAUCUUGCCCAUUUCUGCGCAUCUUCGGAAGCACCUCACUCCAAAAUUAAGAACGAAACUUGAGGCGAUGUUGCACAGUAUAGCCUUGGGGGUUGAAUGCAAUCCAUCAACUGAAACAUCUAAUUUAUUUAUAUUUGUUUAUGGUCUUGUUGAGGAUACUAGUAAAGAGAAUGGUUCUCAGUGCAAAGAUAAUACGGAAUCUGGUCCUGGUCAAGAAAAUAUUCGCAGAAUGGAUUUGCUUGGACAGGGUGAGGGUGGCUUACAAAAUUGCUAUAUACUUACAAGGUUUGCACUUACGUUGCUGCGUAAUCGUUUGAAGAGCAUCAAGCUGCAUAAGGAAGAUGAGCAACUAUUGUCGAUGUUGGAUCCUUUUGUCAACCUUUUGGGAAAAUGCUUGAGUUCCAAGUAUGAAAGUGUCCUUUCUAUUACCUUUAGGUGUCUUGCCAUGUUGGUAAAACUUCCUUUGCCAUCUCUCAAGGACAAUGCAGAUCCUAUCAAGAAUGUACUGAUGGAGAUUGCCCAGAGAACUGGAAAUUCUAAUGGUCAUUUGGUCACAUCUUGUUUGAAACUACUUGCUCAUCUACUUAGAGGCUAUAGAAUUUCACUAUCAGAUGAUCAGCUUCAGAUGCUUGUCCGUUUCCCCAUUUUUCUUGAUCUCCAGACAAACCCUUCGCCUGUUGCCCUAUCCCUUUUGAAGGCAGUAGUCAAAAGAAAAUUGGUUUGCCAUGAGAUUUAUGAUAUUGUAGUUAGGAUAGGAGAACUGAUGGUAACAACUCAAACAGACUCUACAAGGCAGCAAUGCAUCCAAAUUCUGCUACAGUUUUUUCUAAAUUAUCCACUCUCUGAGAAGCGCUUACAACAGCAUAUUGAUUUUUUCCUGACAAACCUGAGUUACGAGCAUGCAUCGGGAAGAGAAGCUGUGCUUGAAAUGCUCCACGACAUUCUUACCAGAUUUCCCCAGAGAAUUAUUGAUGACCAGGGUCAAACAUUUUUUCUUAAUCUUGUAGUUGCUUUAGCAAAUGAACAGCACCAGAAUGUGUCUUCUAUGAUCCUUAGAACAAUCCAGAAGCUGUUAGGACGCAUUGGUGACCAGGGAAAGAAUUCAAUUUUUGAGUACUCUCUUUCGUGGUACACUGGCGACAAACAGAAUUUGUGGAGCGCUUCAGCCCAGGUUAUUGGUUUACUCGCUGGAAAUCGUUCGUUAGGAAUUGGUAAACAUCUUGAAAGUAUUUUGGCCAUUGCGAAACAAAUAACGGAAUAUUCCGUCACUGCUUCUAGAGGAGUACAACUAUACUUAACCGGUGAAACCAGUCUGCCAUUUUGGAAAGAGGCUUACCACUCUAUUGCCAUGAUGGAGAGGUUACUACUACAGUUCCCAGAGUUGUACUUCAAGCAAAAUACUGAGGCAAUGUGGAUGACAAUUUGCAAGCUGCUGACACAUCCCCAUUCCAAGUUGCGCAAUAUGUCCAGCUCUCUGGUGGCCUCAUAUUUUGCUUCAGUAGAGAAGAGGAAACGUGAGGAGAAGUUGGAUGCCACAUCAUCAUUUCUUGUCCAACCAAGCAGGCUAUUCAUAAUAGCUGCUUCUUUCUUGAAACAGUUGAGGAUGGAGCUAAGUGAUAGUACAGCGAACAAUCUGAUCAUACAAAAUCUUGCAUACUCAGUCUGUAACUUGCAUAUGUUGAUUAAGCAAACAACCUCAUCACAUCAGUUUUGGUCUAGCCUUCGCUCUUCUGAUCAUGUUGCCUUCCUCGAGGGUUUUGAAUUGCUUGGUUCAAAAAAAGCAAAGAACACAUUUCUCCUCUGCACUGCUGAUGCAGCUGGAUUUGACCUUAACAGAAGUGAAGAACUUACAUCUUUGCUGGUUUCUUCUCUGCUAAAGAAGAUGGGAAAAAUUGCAAUGCGGAUGGAGGACACACAUAUGAAGAUUGUAUUCAGUUGUUUCAGUUUGAUUUCAUCAAGACUUGGAGCCGAAGUAUCACUAACCUAUGCUGUUCACCUGUUGGACCCAUUGUACAAAGUUGCUGAAGAUUUUGCUGGAAAAGUCAUUAGUGAUGAGGCUAAGCAAUCAGCAGAGGUGGCCAGGGACAAAUUGCGUGAUCUGAUUGGUGUUGAGAAAUUUGUGGAAGUUUACAACAGUGUCCGGAAGGACGUCAAAGCAAAGAGGGAGUUCAGAAAGCAGGCUGAGAAGCUUGUUGCGGUCAAUGACCCAGCACGCCACGCUAAGAGGAAGCUGCGAAUGGCUUCCAAGCACCGUGAUCACAAGAAGCGGAAGAUAACAGCGAUGAAGAUGGGAAGGUGGCUGAGGUAGUUUUGGUGCUAAGGUCACCAGAAGUGAGUUGUAUAGCGUUCACAUUUGCAUGGCAUGUUGUUUGUGCUAGACGGCCGGCAGGAAAUUUUGUAUGCUAGUUAUACAUACAUAGAUACACUGUCAAGUUAACGCUUUGUCAUUCCAAAUCUGAGGACGACAUGUAUAAUCCCGAACGAGCUCCUUUCCGGGUUUUGUGAAUGAAAUUUGGUAAGAGGCUUCAUUUCAAGUUUUA